UCUCGCAAUAUCUCGCAAUCCGUGCACCGUAAGAUCAGAACAAACAUGGAAAUUGCAAAAGCAGUAUACGUUAGUGUAAAACGAUCAAAAUCAUUGCAGUUGGUUCUGUUUUUACUAGUUCUUACUUCAAUAUAUAUGUUCUACAAUGUCGGAAGCGGUCCUAAAAUAUCUGUGCUAAAUGAAAGUUACCGGGCUUAUGAGAACGUUGCAAAAGACAAAAUAGUUGUCCCGGCAAAACAAGAAUCUCUAGAUCUACUUUCAGUUUCGGAUUCAGACGUAAACAAAGUGGAGCGUAUGGGAGUAGAUCAUCCACUUGACGUUAUGAUUACAUUUACGAAAGCAGAACAUAAUAACAAUCUCCAAGUAAAACUUAGAACAACUGUCCAGUCAUUGCUAAAGUUUUCUAGCACAAAGAUUAAUCUGUAUAUACUUGGAGAUGUGCAAAGUGAAAAGAUUGCCAGAGAUAUCCUGUUAGAGGUUGCAGACAGCCAGAAGUACACGGUUUUGCAUUUAGACAUAGACAGUUUACUUAAGCAAGUCCAUGAAAUAGUUUCGGAGAUGCAGAAGUACUUCACCUACAAGCCUGGGGCAUACUACAGUGAUUCACUGUUUUUCAUGUCACUUGCGAUCCAUAAAGUUCUACCUGAAAUACACCGGGUGAUUAUGCUGGACUGUGAUUUGAAAUUCAAUGCAGAUAUAAAAGAAUUGUUUAGCAGAUUUGAACUGUUUACUGAAAGUAAUAUUAUGGGAAUAGCAAGGGAUGCUCAGCCAGUUUAUAGGCACAACUUUCACAUGUAUAUUAACAAGAAUAAGGGAACAAGAGUUGGUGCACCUCCACCAGAUGGCCUCACAGGUUUCAACAGUGGUGUAUUGCUUUUGGACCUUGAUAAAAUGAGAAAAUCUGAUGUAUAUAAUACUCUUUUAUCUGCUGAUUCAGUGAAAAGGUUGACUGAAAAAUAUUCAUUCAAAGGAAAUCUCGGGGACCAGGAUUUUUACACCUUAAUUUCAUUAGAGCAUGAAGAAUUAUUUCAUGUGUUGCCAUGUAAUUGGAAUAGACAACUAUGUACAUAUUGGAGAGACCAUGGAUAUGCUGACGUAUUUGAUCAGUAUUUUAUUUGUGAAGGACAUAUAAAUAUUUACCAUGGAAAUUGUAAUACCCCGAUACCAAAACUAGACUGGGAGUCAUAAUACAGAACUACAUGUAUUACUCAAAUUUCCUGAAAUAAUAUAUCUGUAGGGGUGACUAAAACUUGUCAUAAGGCUGGGCUGCAUGUGUAAGAAAGUUUUGAUCAACAUCUGUAUGAUUACAUGUAUAUCCCCUUUUAAAGAAAUAUGCUUAAAUUGUUUAGGCCAUGUCAGUCUGUCAUUUGUCAGUCACAAGUCAAUAAUUUGAUGGUAAGCAAUUAACAACUUGAGAACGAGUUGGCAGACCUUAGUUAAACUUCACAGCAUUAUUGCCUGUGUUCAGUAAAUGAUGCCUAUCAUUUAUAGGGGCUACUGGUCAAAUCAAUAUCACAGCAACCUUAAAACUGAAAAACAAAAUACCAGUAAAUUACUAUGGUUCAGGACAUGCACACUUCAUAAAUAGAUGAUUUAUUGUUAUCAGAAGAUGAUCCCAUUAGUUAGUCAAAUCAUGUCAAACUCACAGUGACAUUGAGACUAAAAAUGGUUUCUGACCAACAGCUGGAGUAUCCUUGAUCUACAGCCGUCAAACUUCAUAGAUAUGCAUUGUGAGAAGAUGGCCCCAAUUCUCUUGGGGUCGUGGGGGUCAAAUUUACUUGUUGGCAUUUAGACUAAAAACAGUUCCUGUUCAGUUCCAGUAGAAUGCUUGAGUCAUAGACUCAAUUUUCAUAGGAUGUUUGCCUGGUUGUGGUCAGCGGUCAAUACAUGUAAAUGACAGUUAUUGUUUUGAGAGUCAAUAGAUCUAACGUCAAGGAUCAAGUGAAUUUGAGACUUAAUAUUGUUUAUUAGUAGUUUGGCCUUUGGGUUAAAAACUUCAAAGCAUGAUUGCAUAUGCUGGGUAGAUAACUGUCCCUAUUAUUAAAGGGGUCAGAUUUUCAAAAGUCAAGGUUACAAUGACAUUGAGACUAACAAUAUAAGAUAAGAAUUUCUAGUUGAAGAGUACUAACUUUAAGGCCUUCAGCUACCAGUCAUCAUAUCAUUUUAGACUAUGGUCAGUAGAUGACCCAUAUUUAUGGUUAUUAUUUUUAUUUUUAUAAUGCAUGCUUAAUUUGCAAUAAUUUUUCUCUCCAGAGGACAUUCCAGAUUCAUGUUAUAGUUCUUAUUUUUAUAAAAACAUACAAUGUCACCUUUGAUAAUACUGAUUUAUAUGUGAUAUCGUUGUCUGUAGAAUUAGGCUGAAUUUGUUAAUCAUGCUUAUAUUAUCACCAGGAGUGGUUACUGAUUUAAAAGUGACAUUGCUAUAAUUAUUAUUAUUAUUAUUAUUAUAUAUAGAAUCAUGCUGAAUUUGAGUGUCAUGGAAAUAUGCUGAAUUUGAUUGUCAUGGAAAUAUGCUGAAUUUGAGUGUCAUGGAAAUAUGCUGAAUUUGAUUGUCAUGGAAAUAUGCUGAAUUUUAUUGUCAUGGAAAUAUGCUGAAUUUGAGUGUCAUGGAAAUAUGCUGAAUUUGAUUGUCAUGCUUAAUAUACUAUUAAUUAGAUAAUUACUGAUUUAUAAGUAACCUUGCUGUCUGUAGAAAUAUGCUGAAUGUGAUUGCCAUGCUUAUAAUAUUUAUUUAAAUAAUUGCUGAUUAAUAAGUGACCUAGCUCUGUAGAAAUAUGCCGAAUUUGAUUGUCAUGCUUAUACUAUUAACUUAGAUAAUUACUGAUUAAUAAGUGACCUUGCUUUCUGAAGAAAUAUGCCGAAUGUGAUUGCCAUGCUUUUAAUUUCACCUUAUUAAUAAGUAAUUACUGAUUUAUAAGUGGUGUUAUUAUCUGUAGAGUUAUGUUGAAUUUGACUAUCAUGAAUAUAAUAUCACCUUGAAUGGUUAUUGAUUUAUAAGUGAUUUUGUUAUCUGUACAUGGAAUUAUGCUGAAUUUGAGUAUCAUGCUUAUAAUAUCACCUUAGAUUAAUGCUGAUUUAUGAAUGAUCUUGUUAUCUGUGUAAUUAUGCUAAAUUUCAUUAUCAUUCUUAUAUAAUAUCACCUUAAAUAAACACUGAUUUAUAAGAUUAGUGACAUUGUUAUCUGUGGAAAUAUGCUGAAUUUGAAUCAUAAUGUCAUGCUUAUGAUAUAAACUACAGAUAACUACUGAUUUAUAAGUGACAUAGCGGUGUGUAGAAUUAUGCUGAAUUUGAUUGUCGUGUUAUGAUAUAACCUUGAUUAAUUGCUGAUUUAUAAAUGGCCUUGUUAUCUGUAGAAGUAUGCUGGAUUUGAUUGUUAUGCUUAUAAUAUCACCUUAGAUAAUACUGAUCUAUAAGUGAUUAUAAGCGAUAUUGUUAUCCGUUUUUUGGUGUGUUGUAAAUUUUGGUCAGAUAAUUAUGUUAAAAAAUAUUUUCUUGUUGAAUUUUAUUACAUGUAACAGACUUUCUGCAUCACUUCAAACCAUCAUAAA